AGUGAAGAUAAAAAUCUGAUAAAACGAACCUUAAACGAAUUUCUUACAUGAAAUUUUAGGUUUUAAAUUUUUAAAGAAUCUUAAUCAGUAGAUAUGUUAAAUGCGUUAUAAAAUUAUUUAUUUAAAACAUAGCCAAGAAUUAAGUUUGUUAUUAAGUUUUUUGGUCACCUUUAAAUAAUGAAAAAUUACACUAUCGUAUGACUUUUGAUUUGGUCUACAUUUGUUGCGUAAUUAUUCAUCAUGUUAUGUUUUUCAAUCAAUAUUUGAAAAAAAAAUAAAAUGGUUUGUAAAAGUAGUGUAUUUAUUCAUACAUUACUUAUAUGCUUUACUUCUGGUACAUAUUCAAUAAUACACGAUAAUAUAACUGAUAACAGAAACAUGGUAUGUCCUCCAAUUGUGGAAGAUUCUAUUAAAAAAGGUUUUCUUAAUCGUAUUGUGGCAUGUUCAUUUGAUGGAAAAAUUUGUACCGACUAUAUUAAAGGUUUCGCUAAAAGUAGAAAUAUUUCCUCUACAGUUCUUCAUAAUAGUUCUUUUAACCCAAGUAAUGGUGAUGGAUAUAUUUAUGGAAGUGGUGGCGUCAUUAGCAUAAUAGUUUUUAGCAAAGAUAUUACUGAUAUAAACAAUUUUGAUAUAUACGUAUCUAUCGCUUAUUACAUACACAACACAUCACAAGGAACUUCGAAUGUGACUUUUUACGUAAAUGGUGAAAGUGAUUCUUAUUACAUCUAUAGCACAUCCACCUGGAAUGUAUUUAAUAAAAGAUAUACUUUUACAAAUUCUGAUUUGAAUUUCACUUUGAGUGCGUCUGGUGGGUUCAUGAGGUUUGAUGAUCUAUGCAUUUAUCAAGUCUGUAAAUUUGGUUACAUAUUUAAUAAAACAACAGGUCUAUGCGAAGGUUUAAAUGUUUUAAGAUCAGCGUUAAAGAUUAGUAGAGAUGGAAUAUCACAAUCAAGUCUUAUAGAUAUUCAUAGAAGUAAAGAUAACGAUGAAGUUGUCGGUUUUUGGAUUGCUUUGGAGAACAGAGGAUUAUACAUUGUGAUAAAACCAUUACCAUUUUAUGGAGAGAAUGUUGUUUUAACAUAUAGGUUUUAUUCAAGUCAAAGAACAACUUUACGUAUAUUUUACGAAAAUCUUCAUGACGACAUUACAGAGUUUAAUUCCUUUCAUUUUCAAGAAGAAACUUUUGAAAAUUGGUUUGAUUGUAAAUCAAGUGUCCGGAUCAAUAAAGUUUCGCAACACCAAGUUAAUACAGAAAAAGAAAAAAAAGUUUUUGACGAAUGCAUAAGAAAUUAUGGUAGUAAAACAUGUAUAUCAUUUGAGCCAAUUAUGAAGGCAAUGAUGUCUCAAUGUAAUAAUUGUUUUAUUCUUCGGAUUACUUUUCAAAAUCCUGGCGCAAAAACUGACAACAACCUGAACUUCAUAAUAUAUUUGGCUUCCUUUAAUGUCUUAUUAGAUGAACUCAAAGUAUGUCCAAAUAAUUUGACUUCAAAUCAACUUAAAAAUGGUUGCGAUGGCUGUGCAACUGGUUAUACAUUUAAUAUUAUAUCUGGUCAAUGUGAAGAUUUUGAUGAAUGUACAAUUUUGCAUGUGUGUAAGGGGAGCAAUGAAGUGUGUCAAAAUACUAAUGGUAGCUAUAACUGCUUAUGUAUUGAUGGUUGGAUCAUGGACCUGCUACCACCUCAUAUUGCAAGUGCUGAACAUAAUACUACCUGUCGGUAUAAUUUUUUUGGUAAUAACUCUACAACAUGCAAAAGAAAUGGAAUUGCUUUAAUCCCAAAACUUGAUAAGGAAUUUAUAAUCUUUUUUGAUAUUCUACCUUACCUGUUUAAAACUAACAUUAGUAUUAUUCAUUUUACAGACUGUUACAGUAAUGAUGGUUGUAACCCUAUUUUGCAUGUUUAUAUUGGUUUAAACGGUAAAAUAUGGGUCUUAAAUAAACAUGACACUUAUGAAGGAGGACCAAUUAAUGAAACUGUUUUAACUUCCAUUGAGAUUAGUUAUGUUUUUAAUAACUCUAAUAAUGUUUACAAAUACACAAUCAAAAUCAAUGAAAAAAUCGUCUUUUUUAAACUUAUAUAUGAUGUUCAAAGUUAUAAAGAUGUUAAAGUAUAUGCAUCCUGCUUGGAAAAUUUAAUAAGUAAUUUUAAUUUAAUCAAUGGAAUUAAAAAUAAUGGAAUUCUACCUAUUGUUAUUAUUCCUACAGAUGUAAAUUUAGAAAAGAUUUGGAUUCAUACUAAUAGAUUUAUGAAAACUCAAUACUCAUAUAACUUAAUAAAUGGAAAAGAAAACAAUACUGAGGAAAUUUUAGAUUCGUCAAUUUGAAUACUAUGGUGGGUUUAUAAAAGUGUCAGUAAAGUCUUAUACAAGUCAAACAGCGUUUUGGGAUGUAUCUAUUAUUAAUAACUUUGGUGGAUUUAUUCAGAAAAUAUCUUACAACACAAGUCAUAAUAACUUUUUCACUUAUGAAAUUAUUCUCAAGUAUGGUGAAAUAAAAACUUCAAAACUUAAUCAGGAAAGAAAAGAGGAUUUAAAAUGCGAUACAUAUUUAAAGGAGGUGAAAAAAUAUAAUUCCUAUUUAUCGGAAUUAUUGAACAAAGAUCAAUAUCAAAUGAUUGGAUUUUAUCUCACUUUUGACUAUCAAUCAAAUGGAAAAAAUAUAGAAAACUCAAUGUAUUUGUUCUCUGUAGAUGUAUCUUUGGAUGGUUUAAAAAGAUGUCCAACAGGAUGGGUUUUGAAUAAACUUGGAAAUGGCUGUGUUGACUACGAUGAGUGCAAAAGCUUGAGUCCUCCAUGUUCGUGGAAAAACGGCAUAUGCAUAAAUACAAAUGGAAGCUAUAAUUGCUCUUGUAUGAAGGGAUGGUUUUUGGAUGAUGAAAGCUGCUUGGAUUAUGAUGAAUGUAAUAAUACAAAUCCCCCUUGUCAUUGGAACCAUGGAGUUUGCCAAAAUCUUAAUGGUAGUUACAUGUGCACUUGUUUGAAUGGAUGGCAUUUAGGUUAUAAUAAUGCUAGCUGUGUGGAUUAUGAUGAGUGCAAAAGCUUGAAUCCUCCAUGUUCGUGGAAAAACGGUGUGUGUAUAAAUACAAAUGGAAGCUAUAGUUGCUCUUGUAUGGAGGGAUGGUUUUUGGAUGAUGAAAGCUGCUUGGAUUAUGAUGAGUGUAAUAAUACAAAUCCCCCUUGUCAUUGGAACCAUGGAGUUUGCCAAAAUCUUAAUGGUAGUUACAUGUGCACUUGUUUGAAUGGAUGGCAUUUAGGUUAUGAUAAUGCUAGUUGUGUGGACUAUGAUGAGUGCAAAAGCUUGAAUCCCCCAUGUUCGUGGAAAAACGGCGUAUGUAUAAAUACAAAUGGAAGCUACAGUUGCUCCUGUAUGGAGGGAUGGUUUUUGGAUGAUGAAAGCUGCUUGGAUUAUGAUGAGUGUAAUAAUACAAAUCCCCCUUGUCAUUGGAACCGUGGAGUUUGCCAAAAUCUUAAUGGUAGUUAUAUGUGCACUUGUUUGAAUGGAUGGCAAUUAGGUUAUGAUAAUGCUAGCUGUGUGGAUUAUGAUGAGUGUAAUAGCACAAAUCCACCGUGUUUUUGGAAUAAUGCUGUUUGUAAAAAUCUCAAUGGUAGCUAUUUGUGCUCCUGUAUGGAUGGAUGGUUUUUGAGUCAUAAUAAUGCAAGCUGUGUUUCAGAGCAAAAGGUUUCUCGAAAUACAAUGCAAAGUGUUUUUGGAUAUAAAAAAAUAUAUAUUAUCUUGGCAGCAGUUGUAGCUCCUAUUAUGGUUGUUGUUGCUGCUGUGGUUUUGAGAAUUCUUAAGAACAAAAAAACAAGUCUAAUAUUUGAGAAUUCAAAUCAUUUUAUUUAUGCAAGCUCCAAGGAGUACUACAAGGUUUCUCCUCAUGAAUGGAAGAUUUCUUACAAAAACAUUAUUUUAGAAAAAAAAAUUGGAGAAGGAGCAUUUGGUUAUGUUUUUGUUGGAAAGAUUAAUGCAAACGUUCUUGCCAAAACAAAGUAUUUCAGUAAAUCUCGAAGCAGUUCGUUUGCUGAUGGUCAAUGUGUGAUAAAAAGUGAUGUUGAUGUUGCAGUUAAAGUUUUAAAAGAUGGUGCAAAUCAAUCAGAGUUGUAUGAUUUUAUUGAGGAAAUAAAUCUUAUGAAAGAGACUGGAUAUCAUAAAAAUAUUGUCAGUAUGAUUGGUUUUUCCAGCAUAGAAAAAUCAUUAUGUUUAAUUGUUGAGUACAUGGAAAAUGGAGAUUUGUUACAGUUUUUACGAAAUAACCGCUCUAAAAUGUCAAAGAAAGAUGGGGAACAUUCUAGUUUUAUUUACACUUCAGAGUUUCAAGAUAAUCUUGAGGUAAAAGAAAAAACAAAAAACGAGUUUCAGCUAAUGGAAAUUGACUUGCUAACACCUAAUGAUUUGCUACGUUUUGCAUGGCAAAUAGCAUCUGGAAUGGAAUAUCUCUCUUGUAUAAAACUCAUACAUCGAGACCUUGCCGCACGAAAUGUAUUGGUCGGUGCAAACAAAAAUCUUAAAAUAUCUGAUUUCGGUUUGACACGGAAAGUUAAUAAUCAUGCCUAUAUUGGUAGCAAGACCCGUCGUUUACCAAUCAAGUGGAUGUCAAUUGAAGCAAUAUUUGACCAUACCUUUACUUCAUGCAGUGAUGUGUGGUCAUACGGUGUCGUUUUAUUUGAGAUUGUUACUUUAGGAGGAACACCAUAUCCUACCAUUCCCAACAGUGAACUUCUUACACUUUUAAAGUCUGGUUACAGAAUGAAUCGCCCUGAAAACUGUUCUGAACAAAUGUAUGACGUAAUGUUGCACUGUUGGAAUCAAGAUCCAUCACAGCGACCCACGUUUACAGAGUUACGUGAGUUUUUUGAUCAAAUUUUAUCGGAUGGCAGCUUUUAUGUUGACAUGAAUAUCGAUGAAAAAAAUGUUUAUUACAAUACUGACGCCUUCCAAUGCAUAUCUACUGAAACAAAAGAUCAAGCAACAAAAGAAUAAAUACUCUAUAUAUAUAUACUAUAUAUAUAUAUAUAUAUAUAUAUAUAUAUAUAUAUAUAUAUAUAUAUAUAUAUAUAUAUAUAUAUAUAUAUAUAUAUAUAUAUAUAUAUAUAUAUAUAUAUAUAAUUAUAUGAUUUGCAUUUUAAUUUUGCUAAUAAAGUAAAUUUGACUACAGUAUUAUAAAACACAACAAUUGCAUCGCAAGACGCAACCCACAUUAUGAAAUUAUUGAAAUAUGUGUUCUUAUUCAAUAUUUGACCUAAUACAAAUAUAUUUUAGUUUUUGCCUAAAAAAUAUAUGAUUGUACUCUUUACUAAAAUAAUACAAUUUUUUGUUAAUUAAUAAUAUAAAUGUUGUUUUUUAUGUUUAUAAAUAUGAACUUCACCUGUCAUUACGAUAUAAUUUACAACCAUAUUAUUGAAAAAUAAUUUGGUAAUAAUUCUAAGAGGAUAAAAGUCAUCUUAAGUAAUUUUUUUUUUUCUUUUUUUUUUUUGUUAAUACAAAACUUUCAGAAUUUAUUUACACAUAAAUUAAUUAAAUUAUUAACCGCAUAUUCACUAACACCAAAAUUUGAAAAUUUCAGGAUUGGAAAACUUUGUCCAAAAAAACACAACAUGUUAUCGUUUUAUCUCACAAAAUAUUUAGGCUUUCAACUUAAAUUUUUUCAAAAAUGAAAAAAAAAAUUUUCUUUGGCUUUCAUAUCAU